UUUUCAUCAUUCACUGCUACAAGACACAAAUGCGAUAUUUAAGUAUAGGUAAAUGUAUCUAAUCACUACGGUAUUAUUGUAAGUGAGGCAAUAGACGUGUAACUGAAAGAGUGACUGUCAUCGUAUAUACCAAAGAGCGAAUAGCAAGAUCUGAAAGUUUGAGACUUGACUUGCUCGUUCAGGGACAAACGAAGACUGUUCAAGCGUGUUGCAGAAAGUGUCGUAUCCUAAUACUUUUUUACUUGUGUCUUCGGAUUCAAUUCGAAAAAAAAACAUUCUCUAACGACAGGUCGCUUAUCAUCAAAAAGACUUCUGCAAGUUUAAACAAAGUGAGUUUCAUGAUGUCAUCUGUUGACGAUGUCUUUGAAAGUUGGGAAGAAAUGGAAGAAUCUGGGGUACUAGAUAAAAAACUUCAAGUAAUGAAUCUAAAUCCUGUCAAUGGGCUUGAGGAUAGAAGCCAUAAUAGUUCGGACUCAAAAAUUAUCAUCUCCGGAAAUGAUUCUGGGAGAGUUCAGUCUCAGUUCCCUUCAAAGACUAUUGUCAAAAUACUGAAGAGACCUGAAAGAAAUCCACAAGAUGAUGUCUCACCAAUAAAUGGUGAUAAACCAAAGCAACCAAUCAAGUCUUUGAAACAGAGAGAACAAGAAUAUGCAGAAGCAAGAAAACGAAUAUUAGGUGAAGAAAAAAGCCCAGAAGAAAAUGCUUCAGCAGAUAUUAAUAGGAUUCAAGCAAAAGCAUUAGUACAGAAUAAUUAUAGUAAUCCUAAUGUCAUGAGAACGCCAACAGGACCAGAUGGAACUAAAGGCUUUCAUGUGCGCCGGUAGCAUGUACCAAGUUUUUCAAUUGCAAUACACAUAAAACUUUUUUCUUAACAAUGAAAAAUUAAGAAAAAGGAUAGCUAUGAAGUCCUAAACAUUUUUUACUUAGGACACAAGCUUUGGAUAAUCUAAAGCUUGUCACUUCUUGGUUGAAGUGAUAUGACAAAUGCUUCCCAUGGAAAAUCUAUAUGGGGUAGGCAUAAAAAUGACAAUAUCUCCACACAGUAUAAGAGUUGAAGCUCCCAUGACUGUAUUGCUGCUAUUUGUCAGAAUAAUUAUUGACAUUUAUUAUUACAAAUUUUCAGUGUAAAAAUGAAUUGAUUUUUAUUUUGAUUCAUUUUUAUAUCUGCUUGGUCUAUUUAAUUACUGUUACAUAUAAUUAUUUAAUAAUGAAGAAUAAAGAAAAAUAAGAAAUUAUGAAUUGAA